UCACAGUCACAAGGAAACACACCCUUCACUCGUGCGCCGGUGCCUCCAGUGUCAGAAGACAGUGUUUAACAGAGGCGAUUUACAAGAUCUGAACAACUCUACCUACAGACGUGAUCUGUGAUUUUCAACACAAAGCCCUCACAUCUCAUGAGACUGGUUGCAUUAUGAGAGCUCGCUACCUGUUCCUAUUGGUUUACCUACUGGGGAGCUCCUUUGCAGGAUCCAGUGCACAGAGUAAUGGAGUAUGCACAAAAGAUGCCUGCACACAGGUCCCAGACGCCACCUCGAACUUCUUACAGUGUGUGGGCCUGCCUUCGACAGACACGGGCGCAGAUGAAAUGCGAAAGCUGAAAGGAAUUCUUGAAGCCACAAUGGAUGUGUACACGUUUAUGAAAUCAAGCAUGACAAGAGGACCAAUUUUGAGUGUGGAGGGCGCUCUGGAAUUAGACUUGACUGCAGACGCUCUACAAAAUCAAGAUCUGGUCAGGAUGUGGUUGGAGGUCAACAUGAAACCGCUCCUGAAAUCCAUCACCAAGCAGUUCUUGUCCUGUCUCAGCACCAGGAACUUCAGCUGCUCCACCUACCAGACUGUAGUGGAGGAGCUCAGUCAACACUAUUCUGAGAUGGAUCCAGUCAGGCAAAAGUGGAUCUACACAUUCUUUAUGUACCCGUUCCUGUCUUCGGCAACAGUUGAUGGCUGUGUGAGGCCAGAUGAGGGCAGUGCGGAGUGGCUGAUGAAGAACUUUGGUGCCUUCAGUGUCAUGGCCCGCUUAAAGGACUUUUCAGAGCUCAAUGUGGUCUUCAAUGGACUGGAGGUUCUUAACUUGUUGUCUCCAGCACAAAAGGCCGAGCUGCUCAUGAGCCCUUAUGUUGCCAGUUUAGACAAUGGCACAUUAGCCUUGGUCUUCCACAGUCUGCUAACAGGGGAAUCUGGCCCAUCACCCACUGCUGGCCCUGGAUGGGGCCCCAACUGGACAACCCCUGGGUACCCACCCUCCUAUCCAGUACAGCUGUCACAUCAGCCAGGCCUCCAACAGGUCGUAAAUGGAUUCAUGUCAGCCUUCAAACCCAUCGGGAGCUUUGUUCAUAAUUUUGUGUCCUUCACACGUGAGAGAAAUCCGUCAAAUAUAAGAAGCACCACUUUGACCCAGUUCCUGCUCAACUGGACUCUUUCUGAGCUGGCUGGCAAAUACCAGCCAAGCGCACCUGAGGUCCCAGAGGGACCUAAGUUUGAUGUGACAAAUGUAGUAGACUGGUAUCAUUACGUUGUGAAGCCGCUGUUACGGAGGUUUUUGCCCGAUGAAGAACUCCUGAUGCAUGAAAACAUCACGCUCGCUUUCCACGAAGUGUUCCGUCUGGACAACAGUAUGGACAACAUGACGGUGAUUGAAAUCCAGGAUGUCUGUAGCAUCACCCUCGAUAAGAGCCCUUGCGGGCUGACCGACGCGGUGGCAAACGUGGCUCAUGUCUUGCACUGCGCUGCUCGUAACAACCUGACCAUGACAGAAGCCGUCGUCUUGAAGCUGGUUCUAGAGCUGACUCAACGUCUGAACUUGCUGAUCAAGGAGCUCUCCACAGCAAACUUCACGCAGUUGGAAUCCGAGUUUAAGCAGAUCUUCAGCGAGUCAAACUCAGCAACUCUGACCCAGGAGCACCUGACGGACCCAGCUUUCAUCCAGCUCUGGUUCAAGGUCAAGCUGCUGCCCCUCCUGCCCGACGUACAGCCAGAGCUCCUCUCCUGCCUCAGCACCAAGAACUUUUCUUGCCCCGUUUACCAAACCCUUGUGGCGGCGCUCAGUGAACGCAUGAACUUUUUGGAUGCUGAUCCGAUGUACAGCAGCAACAUCUACGAGUACUUCAUCUACCCCUUCCUGCUAAAUCACAACACCUCGGACCCCCAGUGUGUCUCUGCAGUUAAUAACAGCGCAGAAUGGCUGCAACUCAACUUUGGUUUCUUCUCGAGCUUUGCCUCUAUCUUCGACUUCUACACACUCAACCCUUAUUUCUCUGGACUGGAGGCUCUUGACCUCCUGACUCCAAAUCAGACGGUAGAGUUGCUGCUGUUGACUCUCCCAACUCCACCAGAGAAAGACGUUGUCAUCAGCCAAGUGUUUAACUUCCUGACGGAGUCACCUGCAGCCAGGAAGUACCCAGAGGUCCUCAGCGCUUUGGUCAGGCUCGCUGGAGAGAUCAAUCCUUCCUGCGACAUCUACAAACAAAUCUUUACACAGCUCUAUGCAGCCAUACCAUCUCUGCCUCCAGAAAUGGAACCAGUCACCUGGGCCACUAUAGAAGCCCUGAUAAACAUUGCACCUGUCGAGUGCGUGCCGGCGAACCUCAGGUGCCCGGUAAUCCCGCUCAAUGAAACGCAGAGCUGUGCAGGAGUCAACAGCUCUGAUCUGCUGUCUUACUUGGACACCUUUAAUCAAGUUCCCUGCAACGUCCCCUUGGAGGAAUAUGCCUGUGCACAGCUGGACAACUUCACAGCCAAUCAACUGGCAUCUCUUCUGAUGUGUAAUCUUUCUGGGAACAGCGCCCACUCCAAAACUCUGUGGAAAAUCCUGCUCACUAAAGUCUCCAAUGUUUUAAACCCAGCCCUGGACAUCCUGGCUAACAUGCCGAUGCCCGUGAUUCCAUCAGCGCCACAGGUUUUGGAUGUGAUUGGAGAGAUCAGAGUGUCGCUGCUGACAGAUGAGCAGCUGCAGAACAGCGAAGUUAUCAGGUUGUGGUUCUCAGGCCGCCUGAGGAGCUUCUUGCCUUACGCAUCAGGGAUGUUUCUGCGCUGUCUCAGCAGCACAAACCUGACCUGUCAGUCAUACCAGGAAAUACUGCAGACGUUUAUCAGCCAGUUUAACCAGAUGACCUCAAACCAGCAGCAGUUGGUCUUGCAGGAUUUCAUACUGCAGUUCCUGACGCAGCCACGCUCAGAUUCCAGCUGUGUGUCUACCUCCAACAGCACUGCAGUGUGGAUACAGCAGAAUUUCGGUCCAUUUUCAGCACUUCUGUCGCUCACUGAGCUGAUCCAUCUCAACCCACAAUUCAACCCUAUUGAAGUCUUGACACUCCUGACUGCACAACAGAGCGCAGAGCUGCUGUCGCUGUCGCUUCCAAAUCUGCCGGACAAAGCUGUCAUCAUCAACGCGCUCUUUGACUACCUGACCGUGUCUGCUGAAAAGAAUAAAUUCACAGAGUUCCUGACCAACCUCACCGUGUUCAUUCACCCGGAAAACUUCACUUGCUCUUCAUACAAAACGCUGUUUACCAGACUCGACUUGGCCAUACCUGUGGUUUCUCUUGGCAUUGUUGCAACUAUCACACAGACUAAAGAGGCUCUAUCCCACCAACUACCACCUGACUGCAUCAUUGGAGAGUGUAAUGUCAGCACGGCAAAUGAAACGGAAAUCUGUAUCGGUUUGAACAGAACAGCAGUUCAGCUCCAACUCACCAGUGCACAGACGAGUGGAAACCUCUGUGACUUGGCCGUUGAGCAACUGGCUUGUGCCUCGCUGUCAACAAUAACAGCAGAACAGCUGGCAAUGAUACUGAAGUGCAACCGCUCCUCCAGCUCGAGUGGGUCCAAAUCUGUCUGGAAACUUGUCCUCUCCGAAACCUCUCAGGUCCUGGACCAGGCUCUGGAUCUGCUCGUCAACACGACUCUGGACGCCAACAACCCAGCAGUGUCCGUGAUUCUGGACACCAUACAAGAACUCCGAAUAGAUACUGUCAACACAGCCACCCUCAAUAAUCUAACCUUCAUCCAGACGUGGUUUGGUCGCCGCCUUCUCCCAUUUCUGCCAGCUGUUUCACCUGACUUCCUUUCAUGUAUCUCCACAAAGAACCUGACCUGCAGCUCCUACCAGGCCAUUCUGCAGAUUUUGAGUCAACUCCGGCCACAAUUGACGUUUGCCAGGCAGAUGUCUGUCUACACGCACUUCAUUAAGGUUUACCUGACCAGGAACAACAGCACAGACCCCGCCUGCAGCUCAGGCAUUGCCACCAGUGCACAAUGGCUGCAGGUGAACAUGGGAGGUUUUGCCUAUCUUGCGACGUUCCAGGACAUUCAGACGAUCUACUCCAACUUCUCAGCGAUGGAAGCCUUGUCACAGCUCACGGUCAGACAGCUAGCCGAGGUGUCCACAACACCUGGACAGCUCACAACUUCUGAGCAAGUCAACAUGGUGAUGAAAUAUGUGCCUGACCAGUCUCUGGCUGACUUCUUUGAUGAUUUCUCAUCUGUUCACCUGGCUCCUGAAGACGCAUUGCCUUCAGUCGUGAGGUCAGCCAUGUUGCAAGUUGUGUUUGAUCGUGCAAACCUCUCCCUUCCUUCGAUGAGUGAUGCGGACGUAGAGGUGUGGCUUACCUCCCGGCUGCCACCCCUGCUGGUACAACUUUCACCAGGACAAGUUGCACCUUACUUCGGAAUACUGGCGGGACGGAGCUGCAGCAUUGAGCAGCUGGGUGUACUGAACCUGAACAUGACUAUCUCAACGCUCAGCACAGACACACAGCAGAAAAUCUAUGAUCAAAUCCUCCAGACCCUCGGAGGUCCAACACCUCUCCGCUGCUACAGUGACAGCUACAACACCAGUUUCUAUGGUUUCCUGGAGCAAUCUUUCAUGGGUUUCCAGUUUCCCAACCUCACCGCCUUCCUGUCGCUCAUGCCUCCUGACAGAAUGAGUCUGAUCAUAAAUUCCAUCCCUCCAUCGGAGCUUGGGGAUUACCUACGACGUCCUAAUGUUGUCGACAACAACGCACAGCUCUGCAUGCUCUUCAACAGCUACAGCCAGACACCACAGUUUCUAGAAACUGAGUCUCUGCCGGAAGCGGUGAGGCGCUCCAUCCUGCCCUGCGUCUGGCCCAUGGCCCUCAGCAGCACCCAAACGUUGGAGGUGGAUGCUUGGUUUGACCAACGCCUCAAGAACUACUUGCCCUUCCUCACAAAGAGCCUGAUCAGUCCCAGUGUCAUAAACAGCACCUCCUGCCUGGCCUUCCAAAAACUUGUCUCAGUCCUUGGGGUAUACAACUACACUACUGCUGACUUUGUGAGGGGAGACGUGUACAACACCAUCAGGACUUACCUUUACGUCGGCUCAACCUCAAAUCCAAAGUGUUACUUCCCCAGCAACCCACAACUGAAUUCCACAGCUUGGUUUGCUCAGUACAUCGGGUCUUUCGUCUCUUUCCUCACUCUGGACGAUGUUGUGGCAUUUGGAUCUCAGUCGGUUAUUCAGGUCUUCACAGUGAACCUUCAGAACAUCGCUCUUUUCAACACCUCUUUCUUACCUGCAAACCUCACAAAGUACUACACCGCCCUUUUAUAUCAACAGGACAGCAACUUCAACCCCUUACUCCUUCCUAUCUUGUUUCGGUGUGUCGCUCCUGGUCCAGCAUUUACCCAACUGAGUCCAAGCGACAGUAUGAUAGUUCUGCAGAAUCUCACAGUUCUCUGUACGGACCUGGACCCACAAGUCACAGCUGCUUUGGCAGGUAACUUUGGUCAGAACAUUGACUCCACAGUCAUUUCUGCCCUCGGCAGCCAAAGCACUGGCAUGUCGCUGAAUCAGAUCAGCUCAAUCAAACCCCAGGACUUAAUAAACUCCAUCGGCACUCUCUCCACUGUGACGGGCUGGAGCGAAGGCCAGGCCAUGACCAUCAUCCAGUCUCUGCUGUCUUCGGGCAUCAUACAGAUCAACAGCUCAUCAUCGCUGAUAAGUCUGGGCACUCUCAUCAUUGGUGUACCUUCCAGAGUGUUCUUGAGCAUCUCUGGUAAUCAGCUGAUAAGUGCCUCCCAAACUCCUUCACUGGUGGCAAACCUCCUUUCUGGUCCUCAGAUCAUCCAGCAGAUCUUUGUCAGUCAGAUCAUAUCAGUGAACACCAGCAGCGUGCAAGUGAUCCAGAACGUUCCCAAUGACCUGGCCACUGAGAUCCCUCGAUCCCUGCUGGUGGGCUUCUCCAGUAGCAACGACGUUAUAACCAUACUCAACAGAAAGGAAUGGAAACGGCAGCAGGCUGAAUUGUUCUUUGAGUCGGUAGCUACAGAGAGCGCCUCUGCACAGCUGGGAGGUCCAAACAAUUUGUCAUCCUCUGUGCUUCAAGGGUUCACAUGCACUGGAGCAAGGAACAUUGGCAAUGGGCAAGUCAAGAACCUGAUCAAAGCCUGUCGGAGGUCAGGCAGCAGGAAGGUUAAACUAGUGGAGUCUCAGCUGACCUGCAUGUACACUUACAUUAAAGACGAUACUGCCAACUUCAACCUCUACCCUCCAGAUGUGCUGCUGUAUUAUGAUUACUCACUGGUGCCGCAGGCCAGCUGCAGGGCCUAUUUCACAGAGUUGGGAAAUGCAGACUUCUCUGUCUUCUCUGCAGCGCUCAGCUACAAGCGCACUGCCCUGUUUGAAAACGCAAAGAGCUGCUUGGGCAUAACAAACACAAGCUUAACUAAAGAUGAAAUAUCAGUAUUGGGAAACAUGUGCUGCAUCCUGGAUGCGUCCUACAUCCUAAACUCAGAUUCAUCCAUCUUGGAAAAUCUCAAAAGCUGCCCCAGCCUCACUUCUGCUCAAGCAGCUGCUGUUCAGGCUCGAAUAACUAAUGGAAACACAAGAUAUGGAGCUCCUUCAGUGUGGACUGAGCAAACUCUGAAAGACCUCGGGAUGCUGCCGCUGUAUAUGUCUUCAACCUUCUAUGAUCACUUCAACACUAAAACAAAGAACAACUACUUGAGGUACUUCAUGGGUGUUCUCAAGGAAAACAACGUGGACAGUCAGAAGAUCGGGGAGCUGAAGAGCGCAAUAAGGAUGUCCAUUCCUAAUGAGGAAUCUACAGCCUGCACUUUGGGAUUCAUAAACCGUGUGACUCUCGUUAAUCUAAUAUUCCCCUUAAACUAUGAUAUAAGUCAGUUCACCAGCUGCCUCAAUUCCACCAUUGUCAAAGACAACUUGGAUGCCCUCGUUAACCAGGUGCAGGAGCAGAACUACACAAAGAUUGUUCUCAGCAAGUUGCGAGAGGCUUACAGUGCCAGCGGCAUCAUCCCAGAAGAUCAGGUUCAGAUCUUAGGAGCAAUGUCCCGUAGUGCCACAAUGGAAGACAUCAACAUGUGGAAUAUUAUUCAGAUCGACACACUCGCUUCUUUGAUGGAUGCUUCAAACGGGCCGUGGGACCCGGUUCUGGCCAAAGCCAUCAUCUCCAAGUAUCUGAGUGUAAAGGGGAACAGUCUCAGCAGUGUGGAGCUCAACGCCAUUGGAGGACCAAACCUGUGUGCCCUGGAUGCUGUUGUUAUCAGGAACAUUUCGGUUGAAAGCAUCAAGGGCAACUUCAUCGAUAACAUCGGGGCCAAAUUCAUCAACCACAUCAGGGGCAACUUCAUCGAUAACAUCGGGGCCAAAUUCAUCAACAACAUCAGGGGCAACUUCAUUGACAUCAUUGGGGACAACUUCAACAACUGGAUCCAGCAGCACCACGCAACAGCAGUUCAGCUCCAACUCACCAGUGCACAGACGAGUGGAAACCUCUGUGACUUGGCCAUUGAGCAACUGGCUUGUGCCUCGCUGUCAACAAUAACAGCAGAACAGCUGGCAAUGAUACUGAAGUGCAACCGCUACUCCAGCUCGAGUGGGUCCAAAUCUGUCUGGAAACUUGUCCUCUCUGAAACCUCUCAGGUCCUGGACCAGGCUCUGGAUCUGCUUGUCAACACGACUCUGGACGCCAACAACCCAGCAGUGUCCGUGAUUCUGGACACCAUACAAGAACUCCGAAUAAAUACUGUCAACACAGCCACCCUCAAUAAUCUAACCUUCAUCCAGACGUGGUUUGGCCGCCGCCUUCUCCCAUUUCUGCCAGCUGUUUCACCUGACUUCCUUUCAUAUAUGGCCACAAGGGAACUUACUUGCAGCUCCUACCAGGCCAUGCAGAUGUCUGUCUACACGCACUUCAUUAAGGUUUACCUGACCAGGAACAACAGCACAGGUACACUGCUGUAUUACAGCCCAGCUUACAAUGCCAGCGGCAUCAUCCCAGAAGAUCAGGUUCAGAUCUUAGGAGCAAUGUCCCGUAGUGCCACAAUGGAAGACAUCAACAUGUGGAAUAUUAUUCAGAUCGACACACUCGCUUCUUUGAUGGAUGCUUCAAACGGGCCGUGGGACCCGGUUCUGGCCAAAGCCAUCAUCUCCAAGUAUCUGAGUGUAAAGGGGAACAGUCUCGGCAGUGUGGAGCUCAACGUCUUUAGAGGACCAAACCUGUGCGCCCUGGAUGUUGUUGUUAUCAGGAACAUUUCGGUUGGAAGCAUCAAGUAA